AUGACAAUCGCCCACCCGCCUUACCUCCCUGUCCUUUCAUCCAUCCAUCCCUCCUCCUCUCCUCUCCCGUCACCUCACUUACCAAGUUACCAACUACCUACCAUGCCUGGUCACACCCUGAGCUCACAUCUCAUCUCACCUGGCUCCUCUGGUGGGAACUUGCAAAGGCAAGAAAUCAAACAACAAAUGCCCCAAGCACCAAACAGAAGCAAGAGCAGCCUCAGCAGGGGCCAUUUCUGGGCCUAUUGCUCGGGAACUGCUCCUUACGCUGCUUACAAAAUACACGUACCGACCAGGUUGUCCAAAAGAGCUGCGGUGCGGGUGCGGGUGCGCUUGCGGGCUGACAGAGCGUGGGAGCGACACUCAGUCACUUUCUCGACCCGAGUCCGCGCAAAAAAUAUCCUGACCAUCACCCUACCUGACCUUACCUGA